UUGCCACAACUUUAUAUACAUGAGCAAAGUCCCUUUCUAAAUGCCUUGGCUGUUCCCUAUAACUCUUGUUUUCUCUCUCCUUCUCCUUCUCUCUCUUUCUAAAUGAAGCUUCAUGCAGUGGAGCUUCCCUUGGGCAGAAGCCAUGCACUGCCAAGAACAUCAAAAAUUGUCCUAGUUAUAAUCUUUGGCACCUUAAUUUUUCUCACUAUCAUCCCUGUAUUUUACCCUUUGCUAGGUUACCCUUUAUAUCUGUUAAAGAAUUCUUCGUCAUCCAAGUCAUCAUCCACAUAUGAUAUUUCUGAAGAACUACAAGCUUCAAUAAGGAUAUCUGAAGGUGAAAAUUGUGACAUAUUUUCUGGAGAAUGGGUGCGAAACCCUGAUGCGCCUUACUACACGAACACGACAUGUUGGGCGAUACAUGAGCAUCAGAAUUGCAUGAAAUAUGGAAAGCCUGACACAGAGUACAUGAAGUGGAAGUGGAAACCUGAUGGCUGCGAGCUUCCUGUUUUCAACCCUGCUCAGUUCCUGGAAAUUGUUAGAGGCAAGUCCUUGGCCUUUGUUGGAGACUCAGUGGGCCGAAACCAAAUGCAGUCCUUGAUAUGCCUCCUUUCCAGGGUGGAAUACCCAAUCGAUGUUUCAUACACACCAGACGAAAAAUUCAAACGAUGGAAAUAUACAAGCUACAACUUCACCAUUGCUUACUUUUGGACUCCACAUUUGGUUAAGUCCAAAGAAAGAGAGGCCAAUGGUCCAACGCAGACUGGCCUCUUCAAUCUCUAUCUCGACGAGUUGGAUGAAGAAUGGACAACCCAAAUCGAAGAAUUCGACUACCUAAUCAUCUCUGGUGGACACUGGUUUUAUCGCCCAUCAGUUCUCUAUGAAAAUAACCAGAUUGUCGGUUGCCAUUUUUGCCUAAUAGAGAAUGUGACAGACUUAACAAAGUUCUAUGGCUAUAGAAAGGCUUUCAGGACUGCUUUCAGGGCCAUCAACAGCUUAGAAAAUUUCAAAGGCAUAACAUUUCUAAGGACUUUUGCACCGUCACACUUUGAGAAUGGUAUGUGGAACCAGGGUGGAAAUUGUGUUAGAACAAAGCCGUUUAGGAGCAAUGAGACGGCGUUGGAUGGCGAGAACUUGGAGCUUUACAUGAUACAGAUGGAGGAAUUCAGGACUGCUGAAAGAGAAGGGAGAAAGAAAGGGAAGAGAUAUAGGCUGAUGGACACGACGCUGGCAACAUUGUUGAGACCAGAUGGUCAUCCAAGCAGAUAUGGGCAUUGGCCUCAUGAAAAUGUGACUUUGUACAAUGAUUGUGUGCAUUGGUGCUUGCCUGGUCCGAUUGAUACUUGGAAUGAUUUCUUGCUUCAGAUGUUGAAGAUGGAAGGAGCAAGAUCACAUCAAGAGAGGCUUCAUUCAGGUGACAGGAAAAUGAGAUUCCAAUAGAUUCGGCUUCCUUUGCCUUACCUCUAUUCAGUAGUUCUUGAUUAUUCUACUUAGAAUUAUUUAUCGGUUUAUUUAAUUGGAUUGGUAGUUGUUGAUAUUGUACGUUAAAUGUAGUAUAAAAUGAGAGAGAGAUGUGGCAUUGGUACUGUGGUUGCCUGCUGAAAACUGAAAUUAAUUAGAACAUCAUUCAGUAAUC